AUGGGCCGACCAUCUGAGGUUGAGCUGCUGGGCUUGGCGCGGCGAGUUCGAAGUUCGGCGCAGGAGGAGAAGCUCGGUGGACUGAGUCGUCAGGAUUCGCAGAGGAUCCUCCGCAUGAGCAUCCCGGCAGGUCAGAAAGGCAUGCCAGUGGACGCCAUCGCGGAGGUUUGGAGCGUGGAAGCCACCGAAGUUGUGAAGAUCCUAGAGUCCAUGCAAUCUUCCAAUGGAGAGGACUGUCUAGGACAGCCAAAGCCGUACUCAAGAGGGCAGCGAACACGGCUUGAACCCAUUGGCAACUUGUUCGCAGCUCGCGAUUUCGAUGUAAAACGCCUCAAGGAGGAACCGAAUGAUCUUUGCUGCCCGAUUUCUCAUGCCCUCAUGGAAGACCCCGUGGUGGCAGCAGACGGCUUCACCUACGAAAGGACUUGCAUUAUGCAAUGGUUUAAGUCCAACAACAGGAGUGCGACGACUGGACAGCCGAUGGAAACACAGGCUCUCCACCCGAAUCAGCACAUGAAGUCGGCCAUUGUCGAGUACAAGCAGAAAUCCGUGGCAGAGAUUCUGUCAGUGGCCUCACAACUACCGAGCGAGGACGCGGUAGAAUUGCUUCUGAAAGGUGAGCAAUUCGUCAGGCCGUGUUUGCCAGAUGUAUCUGCCAAGAAGAAGCUGGUGUCAUUGCUGGUCCUUCGCAGCAAGUUGCCGGGCAUCAACCGUGCUGAGGUCUUGAAAGAACUUGUGCCUUUGAUUUUGGAGAUCAGAGACACUGCGAGCCUUCAAGAGUUGCUUGCGGGAAUGACAGAACACGAAGCUCUGAGCUUGCUGUCUCAAGUUGACGAAGAGAUGGUGAAGUCCUUACACUUGCCCGGACCUCACCAUGAUGUAAUCAGCAAGGAGCUUGUUCGCAGAAUGGCAAGCUCAUGGGUAACAGAUCAGCAAGAUGAGAGCUUAGAUUGUUUGUGGAACUUCCUGUGCCAACAUAUCCAUUUCCUCAGCCAACAUCAAGGACAUCAACACGACACAUGGCUGGAAGCCGCAGCUUUAGUUCUUGCGACCCAUCACAGCAGGUGGUCUGCUCAGCUUCACGAGGUUGAUUCGAUCUUACUCCGCCAGGCUUGCAGUUGUCUGAGCAACCAGGAGGAGACCAUUUCAUGUGCCAGAGACUUCUUCAAUACCGACCUUGGCAUUUCGACCUUGGACUGCUGGCCGCCCAAGAGUUCUACUUCAAUGUUUGCUGAACUUGCCUCCCGCCUGGAUGAUUCCAAACAUGAAGAGAAGCUGGAACUGCUUCUAGAAGCGCAUGGCAUUGAUGACACCAAUGUACACGUCCGGUGUAGUUUGAUGCAGCAGCUUGACCAACAUGUCUUGGUCCAAGGCAGCAUUGAAAGCAAGGACAUGGAAGGAUUGCUGCUGAAACUCCAUUUGGAGACGAAGGAAGCGAUUUCAGCUGAAGUGAUGCGGAAGCUAUCGCUUCUAAAGCGACAUUUGAAAGACUUGACUGCUGAUGAGCUCUUGCUUCUUGCAAAGAUGGUUGCCAAAGCAAAUCGACAAGCAGAUGGAGCUCGGGUGGCUGUUGCAGCUUCAGAACUCUUUGCUGCCAAUGGCAAGGCGGAUGAAUCUCAAGAUGUAGUAGUGUUCCUUUGGGACCUGCUUCGGCAAGAUGCCCAAGAUGAGGAUGAUGGCUGCGCGGAUGGAGCAUCCUUGGUGCUGGCAACUUUCCAUGGCAGCCUGAGAGCUCAGCUUGAAGAACUUGACACGAGACUGCUCCGCAAGGCUUGCUUUUACCUUGACAACCAAGGAGCUGCCCUUGGUUGCGCCCGGGGCUUUUUCAAUUCAGACCUUGGCAUUGCAAGUUUAGACCAAUGGCCACCCAAGAGUUCUGCCUUGAUUUUCGCUGAACUCGCCUCUCGCCUGAAUGAUGACGAGCGCAAGGAAAAGCUGAACUUGCUGAUGAAGGCACACGGAAUUGAUGCCUCUCAUGCACACGUCCGGGAUGCUCUUCUGGAGCAGCUUUGCCAAUCUUUGUUGCGGCAAGAUGCAAGUGUGGACAGCAACAGUGAUACAGAAGGAUUGCUUCUCAGGCUUCAUUUGGAGAAGAAGGAUGAGAUACCGGGAGAUGUGAUGCAGCUUCUAUCCCUUCAAGAGAGACAUUUGAAGGACUUGGCUGCUGACCAGCUGCGCUUGCUCGCAAACAUGCUUGACAAGGCCAACCGACGUGCAGAUGGUGCUCGAGUAGCUGUUGCUGCCGCAGAACUAUUUGCUGCCAAUGGGAAAGAGGAUGAAAGUCACGAAGCCAUCGCAUGUGCACACUAUUUAGACCGCACCAAUGACCGUGCUUCCUUCUUGCUAUGCAAACUCCUUGGUGCCAUCAGGGGCAAGUGCAAGGGCUUGAGUGACUUGAUGGAUGUUGAGUGCAAGCGCCUUGAUGGCAGGUGCGAUGGCCUGGAUGACAGAUGCGAUGGCCUUGUUAAGACGUGCCAAGAGCUCCUUGAGAAGUGCAAAGAGCUCGAGAAGCUCCGUGAAGUUCCCAUCAAAUCAAUGAGGUGGGACUUUUCAAGUUACAACCUUGGUGGUUUUGCGAAAGGUCAGACGGUGGAAAGCGAGAAGUUCCCGCUUGGAGUGUCCACCGUCCAGGCUUGGCUGCGAGUCACCAAAAAAUCCUUCGGGUCGCAUUACCUCUUUCUUUGUGUCACCGAGCCCGUCUGGGUGAAGUUCAAAGUGAAUCCUGUCGUUCGCCAGACCCAGUAUGAGUAUGCGUUCACCGAACCCUCAGAAGCAACAAUGAUUGCAUGGAUCAACGCUGAUGCCGCUAGCAUCACCUUCGAGCUGCUGGCCGUGCGCCUUCCGGGCGCCUCCUUGGAGCUGGUCAUGUCCAAGUCCUGA